AUGACUGGCAGUGGUAUCAGCUAUGGCGGCUACGUCGGGGUCAGUUCUGCAGCGCUGUAUCGUGUCGCCGGCUGGGAGGCAUAGCGCCUCUCUGAUCUUCCUACAUGGCUCAGGUGGAUUUCAAUUUUACGUCCUGGUUUUCUACAGCUCGGGAAACAACUUCCCCUCGGUUACCCCAGUAUUGCCCAAGUGGAGGUGUCGCCGGGCCCAAAUAGGGCCCAGUGGGUGGCUCCCCCGUCGCCAGCCCCUACUGUGGAUGCACGGGCAGCGCCACCUGCCCCCAGCCGCUCUCCUUAAUCUUCCUCUUUCUAUCGGGCGGUCACUGGCCCACCACCCUCGCUUUGGGGCCUUGUGUCCCGCCGCUCAGCCGGCUCUCCAUCCACACAACAUUGUCUCCAGUGCAACCUUUACCACCUCCCCAUUCCUCGCCCCAAGUUUAAACAGAGCAAGUUAGUAAGGUGAUUCUGGACAAAGAUUAAGAAUGUGGAUCAAGCAGGUUUUAAAUCAAGAUUUAACAUUCCAACACAUAAAAAUUAUUUAUCCAACAGCUCCUCCCAGAUCAUAUACUCCUAUGAAAGGAGGACUCUCCAAUGUAUGGUUUGACAGAUUUAAAAUAAGCAAUGACUGCCCAGAACACCUUGAAUCAAUUGAUGUCAUGUGUCAGGUGCUUACUGAUUUGAUUGAUGAAGAAGUAAAAAGUGGCAUCAAGAAGAACAGGAUAUUAAUAGGAGGAUUCUCUAUGGGAGGAUGCAUGGCAAUGCAUUUAGCAUAUAGAAAUCAUCAAGAUGUUGCAGGAGUAUUUGCUCUUUCUAGUUUUCUGAAUAAAGCAUCUGCUGUUUACCAGGCUCUUCAGAAGAGUAAUGGUGUACUUCCUGAAUUAUUUCAGUGUCAUGGUACUGCAGAUGAAUUAGUUCUUCAUUCUUGGGCAGAAGAGACAAACUCAAUGUUAAAAUCUCUGGGAGUGACCACGAAGUUUCAUAGUUUUCCAGAUGUUUACCAUGAGCUAAGCAAACCUGAGUUAGACAAACUGAAGUUAUGGAUUCUUACAAAACUGCCAAGAGAAAUGGAAAAGCAACAAUGAAUGAAUCAAGAAUGUUUUGUUAAUAUACAUGUAAUGUCUUUGUGAAAAGUGAUUUUUACUGCCAAAUUAUAAUGAUAAUUAAAAUAUUAAGAAAUAACAAUUUCCUGAAUUUUUAUUAUUAAAAUGCUUAUCACUGUAGAGAGUAGCUAAUCUUACUAAUGAAAAACAAUAGACAAACGUCUGUGCAUAAUUUUUCAGACACACUUCUGUAAAUAUUUGGAAACCUUUUAAGUAUUUAAACCUUUAAAUUUUUGAAAUAAAGUAUUCUAAACUAAUAUAAAUAAGGACAAUUAAAAAAAUGAAAGGGCUUAGCAUAGUGUUAUUUUAUCUUUUCUCCAACUUUAUUUAAAUUACCUUUCCAAAGAUAUUUGUGUUUAUGUAAUUUUGCACAGAAUAACAUUAAUACUCUAUGUUUAUAAAGCGGUUUCACAUUAUCUUAUUUGAUCAUCACAAGAGCUUUGUGAAGUAAACUGAGAACUUGUUACUGGUAUUCAAUAAUAGCAAUAGAGGGGUUAAAGACUUUCCCACAGCCUUCGGGUCAAGACAAGAAAUUCAGGUCUCCUAAUUCUCAGUGGAGCUCUCUUUCUGUUAACCCAAAUUGCUGCUCUGCUUUAGGUCUCAAUUUCAUCUGUAAAAUGAUACUAAUAGUACUUACCCCAUUGGAUUUUUGUUGAGAUUUAAAUAAAUAACAAAUACAUAAUAAACACUCAGUAAAAAUUAACCAUAAGGAGAGUCAUGAUCUGGUUCCAGGAAUACAUUGUUAGAUGACUGAAAAAUGAAAUUGUAUUACUUCAAUGAAAAUACUAUAAAUAAUAACAUUUUCAUAUGUUAGUUGGUUCUCAUGCAUACAUAAUCUUAUUUGAGCCUCAUAACUGUUUAAUAAAAUAUACAUUAUCCCUAUUUUAUAAAUAGAAUCAUACAAUACCUGCCUGUUUCCAUUCAACAAAAUUAUCCUGAGAUUUUUCCAUGUUGUGUACAUCAAUAGUUCAUCUAUUUUAUUGCCCAGUAAUAUUCCAUUGUGUGGAUGCAUCACUAUUUGUUUGCACAUUCGCCAGUGACACAUACUUAAAUUGCUUCCAGUGUGAGGCUGUUAUAAAUAAAGCUGCUAUGAAUAUUUGUGUAA